GGAUCCAAGAAGGAUAUCAGCGCGGAAGUGUCUGUGGUUCCCGGGUUUACUACUGGACGAGGACGGUUUUAUUAGAUUACCACCGAAGUGACGAAGUUAACAACGUCCCUACCCUGUCCAGUGCAGCAACACGCUCAAGGCGGCGCCCCGGUGUGAAGAAAAUGGCCCAGGAACGUCGUCGUGAUCAUCAGUGAACUAUCGCGUUUUAUGGACCGAUGUUUUACCGCUACCGGAAGCAAGAAGAUUAAUUAAAAACAACAGGAUAUUUGAGGAACGAAACAAAAAACACAACUACACAAACCAAACAGGGACAGUUAUUAAGGUGUGCGUGUCUGUGCGCGAUAGUAGUGGUUAUUGGAUCAAGAAAACGGAAACCACCAACACCGGAUCGAACGAAACGGUUCAUUAAAAUGGGUGCGCCACCUGCAAAGAAGCCGUUGGUCAACAGGAAUUUAAUAUCCUUGAAAAUUGUACUCUUCCUGUUCUACGGAGCGCUAGGAUGUCUUCAUCCAUACAUCCAGAAGCACAUGACCCUGACCGGGUUGAAUUACUAUGAAUCGCAGUUGGUGACGCUGAUUGCCCCGUUGGUGGCAAUACUGGGACCGUUAAUAGUUGCACCACUGGUGGAUCGGUUGGCGGGCCGUUCCGGUACAUCCUUCGGCAAACGGUUGCGCUUGCUGGCUGCCCUCUGCAUGAUCGUUUCCGUCAUUCUCUAUUCGGUACUGUUCUUUGCCGUUCCGAGGGUGGAACGGGAAGAAUCAAGCCGCUCGCAGGUAAGCUUCGCCUGUGACUAUGACGGUGCCAUCAUCUUCCAGCAGCGCUGCAGUGAGGAACGCACCUGUUAUCAGUGGAAACGCGAGAAGAUUGGCCACCUGACGCUUACAAACUGUUCCUACACCUGCCAGAAACCGGUGGAGUUCGAAAACCUUAACCAUCCGUACACGAAGGGAUUAAUAUUGCCCUCGUCGACGGAGAGUUCGGUGGAGGAUGAAGAUUACGACUUGAACGAUGAGCCACUGCCGGCACCGGAAAAUAUAAGACAGGAGCCUAAGGUGCAGGUAGAUAACACACCGAUCCCCGUACCGCACAUCUGCGAGCAUAAGGGCCACCCGGAGAAGGAACUGUGCCACGCGUACACAUCCGCGUCGGAGUCGCUGAAGCUGGCCACCGUGUUGCGCAGCGCUGUUAAUGAGGAAAACGAGACGCACAGUGCGGAAUGGUGUCGUUACCCACUCGAUGGGUUCUCCUGUGACAUUCCGGAGAAACAGAUCAUCUGGAUGAAGCUGCUGACCAACUCAUCCAACUGCACGCCGAAGGUUGAGUGUGAGGUGCACGACCCGUACGAUGAUGAGGAGAGCGUACUUUCGGAGAGUGUGUGCAUGCGGAUUGUUGGAGAUCCCGAGGUUACGUUCUGGUCGUAUAUUGCACUGCGGUCUUUCGGCGAUGCGUUCCUGCUUGCCGUAAUUGUGCUACUGAACGCAGCUACUAUCAUCGCAACGCGUGAAACGUCUACCGGUCGCGGUGACUUCGGUCGGCAGAUUGUGUGGGGUGCAAUUGGAUGGGCUGUAUCCUACUUUGCGCUUGGGUGGUUCUUGGAAACGUACUACGCAUACGCCGGCCUAGCGCUAUUGGCCGCUCUGGUGCUUCUGGUAUCGUCUGGCAUGCCGCUUACACCACCCGAGAUGUGGUGGCACACGAAGUGCGGCAUGGUCGCUAUUCCAAUGUCCGCCAUUCGCCGGUACGGUCCCGAGUCGGCCGGUCUCUGUUUGGUAACACUGAUCCUCGGCACGUUCUGGGCCGUGCUCGAUAACUAUGAAGGUGUGCUGGUGAAGACGUACGACAUACAUCCACCGGCCGACAGCUACUACGGUGAAGUUUGGAGCGCUUUCAUCGUGCUCGGCGCGUUGCUCACUAUUCCGGUCCUGUGGUACGCGGAGAAGAUUGUUGACUUCUGCGGUCACUCCAACAUCCUGAUCACCGCCAUUACGACGUUUAUCUUCCGCUUUUCGCUGCUCGCCACGACCGAAGUCGCCUGGUGGCGUGUGAUCAUCGACUUCCUGUACCCGGUCACGCUCGGACUCACCUGGCUGACGAUGGUGUUCUACAUGCGCCACAUUAUGCCGCGCCGCAUCAUCACCACCGGUCAGGCACUGCCCGUCAUCUUUCACUUCUGUCUCGGACGCUUCGUCGGUGCGCUCAUCGGCAUGUGGACGAACAUUGACGAUCUGAUCGUCACGUUUCAGGCGCUGGCAAUCAGUGCGUGUAUCAUCUCCGUCCUGUACUUCCUGCUGUACCAUCUCGUGCUUGCACCGCGCUGUGCCGCCCGUUUGCAUCACGAACCGUCCGCCUCGGCCCUAAACAUUACCGCACCGGAGACGGGCAAUGGGCACCAGCAGCAGACGGCACUGGCACAACCCGUCCAGACGAACGGUAGCUACCAACCGCUCCGGAUCUAUCACAACUACCGUGGCCGGAAAGGGCACUUCCGCUACUAAUCGCAGCACGGCUACUAAGCAGGCCACUAAAAGGCUCCGAGCUAUACUAGUCCUCUUUAGACUACUGUUAGACCACGGUCCAGUGCAUUCGCUAGCCGUUAAAGCUCUCGUUCAAAUGGUGCUUGUGAUGCUGGAGGCUGCCGCGGGAGGAGAAAUUGUCUAGAAAAAGGAGUGAAACAUUUCUACUCUUGAACGAACAUGGUACCAAAAAUCAAAACCGAAACGAUCGAAAAAAUUAAAUUCAUAAACUCACUCAAAGCAUCGUUGGCGAGUCAACAGUUACUUUAAAUGUGUAAUAAGUUAUUUUCACUCAACUGAUGUACUCUUAUGAGACGAGAGUCACCAUAGCAGACUAUUUGUUGAUUGGGAAGAGAAGAUUCGUUUUUCGAUCAGUCUUACUCGGUAACAUUUUAGUAAAAUCGUUCAGUACUUUCAGCUGAAGCCUCAUCUUUUUGACCCUUGCAUUGCGGACAGACCAUUGUGGACGUUUUCAGUUUUAUUGUAGUUUAAGAAUACUUUUAAAAGCAAAGUCAUUCGUCUGGCGUCUCGGUGUACACCGUGAGUGUUCGAUAGGUUAUUAAGAUAUUUCCCUUUGUUUUUUUGUUUUCUCUGCCCUUUAUAAUGCUCUUGAGCGUAUUUAGUUUUACCCUAAGAUUAACUAACGAAACGAACUGUUCAUUUGUAGCCAACCAUACAUAAAACUCAUCUUCGAUUAUCUUGUUAUCGUUUCUUAGUACUUCAUUUUCAUCACUUUUGUUCAUAAAUGCGAAAAUAGAACCCCCUUACACUAUGUACAAGAACCGGUUCGAUUAACGACUCAAAGGAAAUGGAAUUCCCCUAAACAAAUGCAAAUCUUAACGACUCUCUGUGGAUACCUGGAGAAGGAAACAAAAAAGAAUGAUAAUACAAGGAGGUACAAUCUUUACGCUAUCUAUUUACACGCCUUACUCUACCAGUAAUCGGAAUAAAAAAAACAAAAACAAAACAAAAACACGCCUUAAAUGUUACGGAAGUCAUUUACAUCCUCGCUACGCGGAGAACAAAUCGCAAACACUGGGAAAUUGUUGUACGAGACAGGGCCAAAACAAAGGACGAUGGAAUCGAGAAUCGCUUCAAAAGUGAUACACGCGCCUGCCUUUGCUAGCCGCCUGGCCUUGUUGCACAUAACGCAUCCGUUCGGUCGGCUUGUUCCGGAAGUAAACUCCCGAUUAGUGUGUAUGGUUAAAAGAUAACAAAAAAAACUUUAUAUUUGUAAAUAAAGCUAAGCAAUA